AUGACUAUAAGAAAUAAGUUGAAAACAACAACAGACAAUGAAUGUAUGUUAGAACAUGAAGACAUUAAAAAUUCAUAUAAUUUAGACCUUCAUAUUAUAUCAAUUUUUGUACUAUUAAUUGUAUCAUUUCUUGGUACUUGUUUUUCAAUUAUUACAACACGAGUUAAACGUUUCUAUAUUAAUCCAGUUAUAAUAACAACAGGAAAAUUUUUUGGUAGUGGAGUCAUACUAGGAACAGGUUUUAUUCAUAUGUUACCACCUGCAAUGGAAUUAUUAACAAGUCCUUGUUUACCCGAAUCAUGGAAUGUGUAUAGCGCUUAUGCGGGUCUUUUUGCUAUGUUAGCUAUACUCGCUAUGCAAUUGAUUGAAUUCAUUGCUCAUGAACGACAUCCACCAAAGAUUGAUCCAAUAUCAAACGGUCAAAAUGAAGAACCUAAAAUGCAAAAACAAGUAGAAAUGGAAACUUCAAUAGCUGUAGUUGUUAAUACACCUGUAGAAAUUAGUAAACCAAAACAUCAUCAUGAUCAUGAUCAUCACCAUCAUCAUCAUCAUCAUGGUAUUGCUCUUCAAAAUGAUCCUCAAACUGAUAAAAUCAGUGCAUAUUUACUUGAAUUUGGUAUAGCACUUCAUUCAGUUCUAAUUGGUGUAGCAUUAGGUACAGCUAGUGAAUCUUUUGUUGCUUUAUUUAUUGCAUUAUGUUUUCAUCAAUUUUUUGAAUCAAUCGCACUUGGUGCACAAUUUGCUCGUUUAGAUCGUUUACCAUUACGAUCAAUUAUUUUGAUGGUUAUAUUUUUUGUUUUUACAACUCCAGUUGGCAUUGCUAUAGGUAUUGGUAUUCAUUCAGGAACAUACAAUCCAAAUUCAAUUGCUGCAUUACUUGUCAAUGGUAUUCUAGAAGCAAUAUCAGGUGGUAUUCUUAUUUAUGUUGCUCUUAUUAAUUUAAUAACAGCUGAAAUGGGUGCUAAUGCUAAGGAAUUUCAUUUAUUAAGCAAAAAAUUAAAAUUAUUAUAUUUUAUUGCAUUAUAUGCUGGCGUUGCAGCCAUGUCGAUUAUAGGAAUCUGGGCUUAA